UGUGUGUGUGUGCGUGUGCGUGUGUGUGUUUGCAUGCACUUACACACUUGCCCAGUGAGUCAGCUCACUAUUGCCAGGCGAAAGAGAAGAGAGGAUCGGUUCGGUCCAAAGAGGAGAUCUAUUCUACACCGGGAAGGUAGAUGUGGUGAUUUACGGUAGCAAAUGCAGAAGUGUUCGCAGCAAGCUUGUUGACGCAUAAUCCCGCCCGCCCCGCUGGCACUAGGAGGGGGCAGAGCCAUCCAACCUUUAAGUCAAACCCUGGAGAAGAUCUAGGAGCGCACGGCUGCACCUUCACCAGACAUUUAUUUGCUGUUGCACGGAUUCUACUCGCCAACCAUAUUUCAUCAGAUCAAAUAGUUAAUUUUUUUUUUUGGCACAUCAUCACCAAGGCUAUUUGAUCGCCGACGUUACGCCGCAGAUCUGGAGCCAUGACAGGCGCCCCGCUGGUUCCACAGCCCGCCUGCUGACGGUACCGGGGCAGGAUGGGAGAGAGGUCUGCCGCUGUCAGGAUCCCGAAGCAGCCGAUUUAUCAAUGGAGGAGGAGAGCGACACCCGGAAAAUUAACAGCAGCUUCCUUCGCGACCACAACUAUGCAACCGAAGCUGACAUUAUCUCAACGGUGGAGUUUAACUCAUCGGGGGAGCUGUUGGCCACCGGAGAUAAAGGAGGAAGAGUGGUUGUCUUCCAGAGAGAGCAGGAGAGUAAGAGCCAGCCCCAGCGUCGAGGGGAGUACAACGUCUACAGCACAUUCCAGAGCCACGAGCCUGAGUUUGACUAUCUGAAGAGUUUGGAGAUAGAGGAGAAGAUCAACAAGAUCAAAUGGCUUCCCCAGCAGAACGCAGCCUACUUCUUGCUCUCCACCAACGACAAGACGGUGAAGCUGUGGAAGAUCAGCGAACGAGACAAACGCCCAGAGGGCUACAACCUGAAGGAUGAGGACGGACGCAUCAGAGACCCUUCGACCAUCACUUCGCUACGAGUGCCGGUGCUGCAACCGAUGGAUCUGAUGGUCGAAGCCACAGCCAGACGGGUGUUCAGCAACGCCCACACCUACCACAUCAACUCCAUCUCUGUGAACUCUGACCUCCAGACGUUCAUCUCCACUGAUGACCUCAGGGUGAACCUCUGGAAUCUGGAGAUUACCGACCGCAGCUUCAACAUCGUGGACAUAAAACCAUCCAAUAUGGAGGAGCUGACAGAAGUGAUCACCUCGGCAGAGUUUCAUCCGGAGCAGUGUCACACUUUUGCAUACAGCAGCAGCAAGGGCUCAAUCAGACUGUGUGACAUGAGGCAGGCGGCUCUCUGCGACAAGCACUGCAAAUACUUUGAGGAGCCGGAGGACCCCGCCACGCGCUCCUUUUUCUCCGAAAUCAUCUCGUCCAUCUCCGACGUGAAGUUCAGCCACAACGGCCGCUACUUGAUGACAAGGGACUACCUCACUGUGAAGGUGUGGGACUUGCAGAUGGAGAACAAACCACUGGAGACCUACCAGGUUCAUGACUACUUACGGGGAAAACUUUGCUCACUGUAUGAGAACGACUGCAUCUUUGACAAGUUUGAAUGUGUCUGGAAUGGAUCGGACAGCGUCAUCAUGACCGGCUCCUACAACAACUUCUUCCGAAUGUUUGACCGCAACACCAAACGAGACGUGACGUUAGAAGCAUCGAGGGAGAACAGCAAGCCUCGAGCCAUUCUGAAGCCUCGCAAGGUGUGCGUGGGCGGGAAACGCCGAAAGGAUGAGAUCAGCGUGGACAGCUUAGACUUCAGCAAGAAGAUCCUUCACACCACGUGGCAUCCGCACGAGAACAUCAUCGCUGUCGCAGCCACCAACAACCUUUACAUCUUCCAGGACAAAGUCAACUAAAGUACGCUGUCCCCGCUUCAACCCUGACCCCUACAAGUGCGGGGGCAUCGGUGUGUGUGUGUGUGUGUGUGUGUGUGUGUGUGUGUGUGUGUGUGUGUGUGCGUGUGUGUGUGUGUGUGGGCUGGAGGGUUAUCAAGCAAAGAAACGACAUCCUCCACCUCCUUCGGGCCUUGCUGCUGCUCACAUGAUUUGCACUGAGGAUGUGCAGAGUUUCUUCCAAGUGGACGUCCAGUUUUGGAAUCAAUGGUGAACUGUUUAAUUUAUUCAUCCAUGCACAUACACGGACAGAAGGGAAUGACAGCUGCAUGAGCAACAAGAUGUAGCAGCUCACUGGACCCUGGGGAUGAAAAAAAAAAAAAAAACGGAGGCCAGAAACUAAACUCUUCUUCAGUCGGCUGCAAGAAAAGGCAUCCUUUUUUUGGACAGCGCCACCUGCCGUUCAUGUCUUUUUCUGCCUGCGGUCAGUCUGUCUUGUACCAAUUGUCUCGUCCCAUGAGGGCGACUGUAGUCUGUUAUGUGAAUGAGGCUAUUUUUAUUUGUUUAUUUGUCUAGCUGCUGUGGUGCCUUCUUUUGGUAUGUGGGGGUUCAAUGUCAGAAGGGAUCGAGGCGGAAGUGUGAAUGUUUUCUUGUUUACCCUUUUUGUCUAUUAUAAACAAAAAUGGCCCCAUGUGGUUUCCUGGUGAAACAAUGCUUGAGACAACCCUGAUGUGCAGUGCAGGCAAUUAGAGGUCAGCACAUACAGUAUUACAGCCAUGCCCUGCUAUACUUUGUUCUAAAAAAAAAAAAAAAUUAAAAAGUCCAUUAUAAUUCUAACAUGUUGCAUGAAAAGGACGUCACCCUGAAGAAAUGUUGAUAUUUUUCCUUCUACACACCAAAUGAGGCACAAGUAUGGUUGUGUUUUACCUCACAUUGUCUGCAUCUUGUUGCAGGAGUGUGGUAACAUUUUCAAAAGCACCUGUUAAGAGGUAAGCACUAAAAAAAAAGGAGAAAAAAAAACAUGAAAUCAGGGAAUUAAUACUGUACAUGUCAAGCGUUGUCUUCUAAACAGCUUUCCUUUGUGACUCUUCUAAUUGAAACGAAAACAAAACAAAAAAAACAUUUUAUAGCUCAGAAUGUAAUAAGAAUGCAGUCUUUAUGCUUACUGGAUUUUUUGAUUUGAUUAAAAAAACUAAUAAAAAUGUGCAAG